GCGGGGCGCCCCAGCUCUGCGCACGCAGCCCAGAUACAAUGUAGCGAGCGGAGCAGCUGGGGGAAGACCGGGAGCCGCGACCCUCGGGAGUGCCCUUCCCUCCCCCGGGAAUCAGUGUCUCUCCCGGGAGUCGCCGCCGAAGCUCGGGCUGAGGCUCUGGGCGGCUCCCCUCCCCCGAUCAUGCCCCCCGGACUCCCGUGAAAUCCUCCCCGAAGCUGCUGAGCAGAGCGCCAUGGAGCAGGAGCUGGGCUGGGCGGCUCUGGUUCUGCUCUUCGCUGCCUCCCUGCUCACCGUCUCGGCCUGGCUGCUGCAGUAUUCCCGGGGCGUGUGGAGCGGCCGAGGGAAGUCGGAGAGCCCGAGGGGGGCUCUAAGGGAAGCAGGAGUCUGGAAGUCCUUACUGAGGCUGCGGCUGGCCCCGGACGGGGCCCCGGAGCAGGAGGUAGCGGGGGCCAGGGGCCUUCUUGCUUCCCUCUUUGCCUUCAGAUCCUUCCGAGAGAACUGGCAGCGAGCUUGGGUGCGAGCCCUCAACGAGCAGGCCUGCAGGCACGGGAGUUCUGUCCAGAUCACAUUUGAAGAGAAUCCUCAGCUACCAGCAGCAGUGAAUAUAAGUCACGUGACCUGCACAGACCAGGCAGACCACAGUAUGGUGUUGCACUGCCAUCUGUCAGCUAAUGCUGUGAAGUUCCCAGUGUCUGUCACUCAGCAGUCUCCAGCUGCUGUUUCCAUGGAUACCUAUCAAGUCACCUUAGCUCUGCUGCAGGCCCAGGUGGAGAUCCGUUUGGAGGAGAUGAAGAAUGAAGGCCUGUUGGUGUCAUGGACAUUCAAGGACAGACCAGACUUGAACCUUUCUGUUGUCCCAAAACUUCAUCCUCGUGAAAAGAAUGAUGGGAAAGUGGAUCUGUCCACCAUUAAGGACCUGAUUGAGGACUCAAUUGUCAGCACCCAGCCUGCCAUGAUGGUGAAUCUGAAGGCAUGCGCUGCUGGUAGCAGUGUGCUGCCCUGUGACAAACCAUCCCAUGAAUCUCCGUCCAAUAUAGUAGCGCCUGUGGUGUCCAAGUUGCUCCUCCGGCAGAUACAGGUCCUCAAUUUGGGCUGGGAGGAGGAAGGAGGAUGUGGGAAGCUGUGCUGCGUAGCGGAGCUAGACAGCCCGCUGCAGCAGAAAUGGACAAAAUUAGCAAGAGCAAGCAUCUCCAGCUCUGCAACAGAGGUUGAGUGGAAUGAAGAGCUUAUGUUGGAGCUGGGGCCACGAAGUAAAGAGCUGAAGCUGAGAGUACUGGGGAACAGCAGUGAUGGGGAGAAUGUAUUGCUGGGACAUACCUCUGUUUCACUUGACUCCUGUGGCAAACAGCCAUGUGGGAGACUGCUGUAUUCCCUGACCCCAGGAGCUGGGCAGCUCCUGAAACCUGCGGCUACCCUCUCAUUGGAGCUGCUCUAUCAAGAGUCUUCUUUGUCCCCGAGCCCCCAGUAUGCUGCUUCACUGCGCACCAGCAUCACCCCCACCAAAAAAAUUGAAAUGGACCGGACCAUCAUGCCUGAUGGCACCAUUGUGACCACUGUCACCACCGUCCAGUCCAGGCCCAAGUUGGACUGUAAGCUGGAUUCACCUUCAAGGUCUCCAUCCAAAGUGGAAGUGACAGAGAAGAAGACGACAAGGCUUUCAGAGAGCAGCUGUCCCAGCAGUGCCUCACUCUGCAGCAGUUGGGACAGUCACAUGUCCAAUGGCUUGGAUCCUGUGGCUGAGACCGCAAUCAGGCAGUUGACUGAAAUGAAUAACAAACCUGCCAAGAAGACCCCUACAAAACGCAGCACACUUAUCAUCUCAGGAGUUUCCAAGGUACCAAUUGCCCAAGAUGAAAUGGCACUUUCUCUUGGCUAUGCCGCAUCUAUGGAGGCCACCAUGCACGGCUACUCCAUAUUGGCAGACCUGUCCGACCACAUGCAGGACACAGCUGAGCCAUCCCAGCUGUUGGAAGCAUCAUUCUCAGGGGAGAGGGCUAGUCAGGAGCUGGAUGAGACCACAAGAUCAGACGUCUCUGAGAGACCCUCAGUGGAGGAUGUGGAAUCUGAAACUGGCUCCACAGGAGCACUUGAGACCAGGAGCUUAAAGGAUCAUAAAGUCAGCUUUCUCCGGAGCGGCACGAAGCUCAUCUUCCGGAGGAAAAACAAGCAGAAGGAAGCAGGCCUGAGCCAGUCGCAUGAUGACCUGUCUAAUACCAAUGCCAGUUCUGCCACCAGGAAAAAAGCCAACAGCUUCUCCCGGCGCCUGAUCAAACGCUUCUCCUUUAAGUCUAAAUCAAAACCCAAGGCUGAUGGCAGCACCACAUCAUUGGGUGAGAACUAAGAGUGGGAUGAUACAUUCCAGGAUUGUAUAGAAACUCCUUUUGUCUCUUCCAUACCCACAAUAUCUGCAGACUCUAAUCCAAUUCCUUUCUUCCUCAGCUGAGGGGGACACCUCCCCUUCCCUGGUGCUGUCGGUUGGUUGACGCCGUAAGGGAGUUAGGAAUCCAAAGCUUAGAAUGAUUAGCCACCCAGAUUCUGCCUCUGCUGGAUAUCAAGACCCAUUUUCUCUUAAAGGAGCCUGCUAAGCUGUCAUUUUGACUUUUCCAGAUGAGCCCCUAAAAGGGGGAUCUGGCUUCCAAGGUGUCUGUUCCAAGAUUAACACUUAACCCUUUAGCUUCUCAAAUCUUUUACCUAUGGCAAAAGAGACCCUAGAAAAAUUUUUGGGAGGAAAAAGGGGGUUAAUCUAUGGAAGGUAAGAGCUCCUGCAUGGUUCAUGGCCUGACUAAGGAGUGACUCCAAAAUUUACCCCUGCUAGCUGGAGUAAAUUUUCAGGGCAAGAGUGAUUCCAUAGACCAGUUGUGCUGUUUGGACAGCAUCCCCUUGUUUUGUGGAGAAUUUUGGGGUUGGUCUUUUAAAUGAAAGGACUGAUCAGAAAAUGGGCCCAUUUGGUGAAAUGGUUCAAAACAAAUGAGUGACUGCAAAAGGCAUGAGAGCUGCAAAAACUGCUAGCCAGUCAUGAGGUGCUUCUUUAUUGCCAGGCUGUUACAGAAAGGCAAACUGUUUUGUAGAUGUUGCUCCAAAUAUGGUGUCCAGCACAGUUAGCCAUCUGGUCCAGCAGCUAGUCUUUGUACAUGUGGCCUUUCCUUGCAGAGAUGUUUGCGGCCACUAGAGGAGCAGAUGCUGUUGUUUUGUUCUGUAGAAUACAAGGUCCUUGCAUUGGGGCACAACUGUUUUGGUCCAUGGGAGAUCUAAUCUGAAGACCAGCAUGAUGCUGGGAAAGAUGAGGGGUAGAUUUGUGCUAACGGAGUGUUGACUAUAUAGCUUGACAUUUAUUUUAGUGGAAAUAAUGAAAUUAAACUUCUCCACUGAAAAGAUUUGACUUGUUAAAAUGGACCUUUCCUUAGCAGUACCUGAAGAGUCAUUGCCAUCUUCCAGAAAAUCUGAUUCUGUCCAUCUAGCUUUCUUUUAAGUAAUAUGAAUAUUCUUGAUUUUGUUUUGCUUUGGCGGGGGAGAUGAUGCUAAGAAAUGCAGAGGCUUUCAACUUUAUUUCAUGGACAAGAAUCAUGUAGUCAGUUUGCUCUGAAUAUGGCAGGUGUUAGAAGCUUCUGAAUUUACUUGCAUUUGUGAACUGACCUUGAGGCCCAGUUCAAAUUAAUCAAACCAAGAACAGUUUUGAAGAAACCAGUAUCCUAUGAAAGCAUCACAUGGGGAUAAAUGGAUUGAAAAGGAGCCUCUGCUCUUCGAUGAGGAGAAGGGAGAUGAGAGAAGAAAUUGGCCUAAAAGUUGAGGCCCUCUGGGACUGGACUGGUUUUCAUCCUCCCCAAGUUACCAGGAGAUUUUUUUACUAGGAGGGAAAAUCCUUUUUGUGCAGACAGAAGUGUUGUGGUGUGGAGAUGUUUUCUAAAAAACAUGUUGGGGUAAUGUAUAUGGCGAAAAAUUAUUUCCGUAUGAUGCUGGAGGACCAUGCUGGAGGGUUUUGCAAAAAUUAUAGGGGAUGUCCCAUAUAUAGGAAUAUCCUUGAACAGAGAUGACAGGGCAUUUCAAAAGACUAGAGAGGCUUAGCUGUGUAUAACAGUGAUGAGUUUAAGGCCACAAACUAUUUGUUUCUGGGCUCAAGGAAGCACUAAUAUACACAGCUCUGAUUUCAAAGCUGAGUGAGGCACCUAAAUUAGAGGUACUUUUAGUGUUGUUACACUCACCCCAGCUAGGCGGAGACUUGCACAGUAGAAAACAACUGGUCCAGCUGGCUGACCAGUAACCUCUCCAUUUUGUUGAGCUUUUAGUCCAGAAUAGUGUUUUCAUUCUCAACCUCCUUCUGAUUCUCCCUUUUCCCUCCUCCCUGAGAAAUCAUUGUGCUUAUACCGCUCCUUCACAUGCAUUAUCAGCUUGCAGCACCUGCUCUGUGUCACUGAAACAAGAUGUUGGAUGACUGAUAGAAGUUUGUGAAACUUCCUUUUCUGUGACCGCUCACCUUCCUCCAUUUGAGGGUUUUUGUUUUUCUCUCAAACCUUCGGGAAGUAGUUUGAGACUGAAAGUGGUUAGGCCAGAUGAUAUCAAGAUUUCUCCUACAGCUAUCUGUGAAACUUCACAGUGGAUGCUAUAACAACUUCCCUGGAAGUCUAAAACUAGUGAAACACCAUGUUUGAGGACAAACUGAACAUUAACUAUGAGCUAAACGUAACAGAAACAACCAACUUCUGAGCUGGAACUGAACUGGGUCCAUAAGUUUGAUUUGCACUUAAAUUCUUCCUAAACAACAAAGGAAAGAGGUUGGCUCUGCUGGAGAAUAGCUGGCUGUGAAAAUGCCAGUGUAUUUCAUUGUAUGCUUCUUGGAAUGUAAAAAUCCAGACACUUCAGUACACACAGAUAGCCCUUUGCAGAUGGAUGUCUCCUUGGCAGGGUUAAACUAGGAGUUAAUUCUUUACUUUCCAAUGAACUUGUAUUUAAAAUAUCUAACAACAGGAUGAUCAUUUUCUUAGGGGUGGAUUGCUCAGUUGCUCAUGGUUAAAUGACACAUUCUGCUCCUUUCAGCACCUUCAUACUUGUAUUCGGUGAUUUCCCUCCCCCCCCUCCCUCUCCCGCAUGUAUAGCUGCUACCAAGCACAAGCAGAUGAUUUUGGAUCUUUUGCCCAUGACACUUGUGUAAAAUGUGGGUUCGUGAUAUAAGGAAUGGUGAUGCUUCAGCUUCACAAUUAAGCGGGAUUAGUUCAAGUAACUGAUCCAUCUGUGGCAUACUUGUAGGUGAAAGAGGCCAUGUAUGUUUUUAAUAUCCAAACACUUCUAGAAUGUGAUGCAUUUAAGGAGUAGGUACUACAGGGUUUUAUUUUAAAAACUGAUACCUUAAGUCUUAAUUUUUUUCUUUGUGCUUGUACUUACACAAGAAUGUUUGCUGUGUAACCUGCCUUUCACAAAGGCUGUUGCUGCUCAACCACUUUACUGCUCUUCUUGGUGCCAUGACUGGAAUUAUGCUGUAACAAUCAGGAUCCACAGGAAUGAAGAUGGACUGUUUAGAUUGAAGCUUCAGACAUAUCCUUAAAGAGUCACUGGGGUCAAACACUUAAAUUUCCAAAAAACAAAAAAGGGUUCUUUACCAUAUAGCAGUGUUUCAAUGUGUGUAGAAGGGAAACUGAAUGCAAAGUUUUGGGUUUCUUUUUUCCCCCAUUUUUGGAAGAAAUACACUCUUUUGACACAUCUGCUGUGGAUAUAGUGCAACAAUCUGCUAGCCAUUUGAGAACCCAAAAGUGAAAGUGACUCUAAAACAAAGUAAAACUGCAGUGUCAUUGCACAGGCUGAAGAUAAUGCAAAAAUUAUACAAUGGAAGAGAAUGUUAGUCUGAAAUUAGGGAGUAAGCGACUAGUCAGCUAUCUGAUAAGCAGAAGCUUAUCGGAUAGUCAAGUAGUGACUCAGCUAGUUGCUUCUCCCCACCUUGCUGCCUCUAUCAGGCAGCGGGAGCAGGAGCUGGUUCUGGGGGAGCCUGCUUAACCAGCACUGUCUCUGUGGGAGGCAGGGGCAUAGCAGGGGACCGGGCAUAAACCAGGAAUCAGCUGAUUUCCAGCUUGUUCCCAGUCCCAGGUGCUGCACCUAUUUUUAAAGUAUAUUAAGAACUGUCAGGCUUUUAAUAUAUUGAAAAAGCAGAAGUGCAGUGGGGGAGGACUAGGUGGGAGCCAGGAUAGCUGAUUCCUGGCUCGCACCUCAUCCUCCCCUGCCCCUUGUGGAGACAGUGCUGGGGGGAAGUAACUAGCUGAGUCAGGAAUCAGAUGUCCCAGCUCAUGCUUGGUCUUCCCCCCUCCGGCCCCCCCUUCAGCCUUUUAAAUAUAUUAAGAGCCUGUCAGCUCUUAAUACAUUUAAAAUGCAGAGCCACAGCAGGGUUAGCUCCUGGAGUUGGGAGCUAAGCCUGCUGCAGCUCCCCAGUUUCCUUCGCUUAUCAACUAGUCGAUGGAAAUUCCAUCGACUAGUCAAUGAAUUGCUUUAAUGCAAUUUAACAUCCCUAUCUGAAAUGUGAUAGUAAUAACACACAGCUAAAGAAAUGUCUUUUUAAAAGUAGCUUUUAAUUUUAAUGUCCUUUGCUAAUUGGCUGGUGGGACUGUUCUUUAAGCCUGUAAAUGAAAAAUUAAACUCCAUUUUCUUUCCUCAAUCUACAGGUGAUCCCCUCUCUUGUCAAUUAAUAAAAACCUAUAUAAGGGAUGCUGUGCAGCUUUAAAUCUUUAGGGGCACAUGCAAGCUUAACUGCGACAGGCAGAGUUAUGGAUCUCUCUGAUAUUUGGAAGGAUAUUUCAAAAAGAUGCCUGUUAAUGGAACCAAAUUCCAUGUAUGGGUGUGGGGGGGAGUUCGUUUGUAACAACAUUAUAUUGUGUGGUUCUUUCUGUACAGGUGAUGAUAUGAACUGAUUGAAAAAGAGAGGUAUGUUCAGUGGGUCAGAUUACUAACUUUUACAGAUUUCGUGGUGUGCCUUACAGAAAUCCUCCCCAUUUCUUGGUAUAUUUAAACAAUGAAACCAGUGUUUCUUACAAAUAAUUGUUGAAUACAUUUAAGGAUUUCACAGUCAGAAGAAAUGAGGUAAUGAAAUGGGGAUUCUGGCCUGGCAGAGAAUGGGACUGUUUAGCUAUUUAAAAGAUUGUGAGGGGAAGUUGGGGAUAUUGAGAAGUUUCAUACAGACCACUGCAAAUUGCUCAUUCUUUACUCAGCUAAAUUAAUUCCUUCUUUUCAGAUGAAAAUAUGCAUGUACAUAUGUACAGUAUUGUGUGUGUGUGUGUGUGUGUGUGUAUAUAUAUAUAAACUUAUAUAUAUGGAAGUUUUCUUCUAUUUCCUCUGAGUUAAUCAUUACUAAGGGACUUGUUUCCUGUGAGAACAUCUUUGUUUGGGUUAGACAUUAAAACCAUUGAGCUGGGGGCUUGUGUGCAAUUAGCAAGCCAAUGUUAUCUCAGAUGGGUCAGAAGCUGUGACUUAAAUCUUAUUAGUUCCUUUCAGCUGUCUUUUUUCUUUCCUUCCUAUUGAUAAGUAUACAAUAAAGGUAUCCUAUCCAUGGUAGCAGAGAGACAGUGAAACCUCUGAUUUUUUUUUUUUUUUUUAAAGCUUGCAUAUACCCUGUGAUGCUGUCUGCUUUACAUGAGUGUCCCUCAACCCAGGAUUCCUUUCACAGGUAUCAGCUUGCUUUGUUCACUUGUACAGGUUCUGGAAUAAACACCCACACUGAGCCUGAGCUAGUGCCCUACACUUGUGCUCUUUUGUACUUUGACGCCUUCUUUGUGGGUGGAUUAUUUUAACCCCUGAUUUCAAUACAAAACAUAGGAACUGUUUAGCUAUUUAAGAGAUUAGAGUAAAAUGAAUUAUUUCAAGAUUAAAUGAAUGAAAUUCUGCACCUUUUGUAAAUGUUUAAGAAGAAUUCCAUUGCUGUGUAAUGGCCUGAACUUGUUAACUUAUUAAACUAAACGGGAGUUAUAAA